CCCGGAUGUAGUUCGUCCAACACAAACAAGCCAAGCUAGCUCAUUAGCACAUUGAAUUGUUGCUGUUCAAUGAAUAGGGAACUGACAGUCCUGUUGGCAGGAGAGUCAAUGUCCCUUACUAGCAAAAACGAGCAUGUUCACAAGAUCACCAGGCUUUCCCCAGAAGCAUAGGCAUAGCAAUGGGCUGCUCAAUCAGUACCCCCCAGUCCCUCCCAUCUACUCCCCACAGCGGCUGGUCGACCUCCAGAGGAAUAGGGUCAACUCGACGGCCCAUGGACUCCCCUACAGCGUGCCUGUAAUGCCCCCCUAUCAGUGGAAUGCUCUCCCCAGGUCUCCGUCGCCUGGACCACAUGGAUCACCUCUACCAAAGGGCAGAAAGAGGCGGAGCGAUGACUAUGGCCAGAAUGACCUGAAGAGGCAGUGCUUCAGCCCGACGGGCCCCCACAACAGGCCAGAGUCCAGGCUAGGCUCCCCGCUGGGCUCCCCUUCGCCCAGCCGCCAUGGCCACAGACCAGCCGUCCACCCCGGGGAUGUCCAGCGUCUCCAGGGAGGCUCUCCCCUGGCCUCCCCCAGGCGCAUGGGCUGCCUGCCUUCCUUGGGAGAGGCGUCUCGGGAUGAAGGAGAGCUCGUAGGUCUGCAGUCUGCGGCCAAGGAUAAGCUGAGCCAGCAGGUCCUGGAGCUGUUUGUGUCUUGCCAGCAGCAGGAUGACGACCUGGAGAAGAAGGAGCUCUGUCGGGCACAGCUGCAGAGGGACAUGCAGAUGCUCUUCCCAUUUUCAAGGAUUUACCUGACUGGGUCUUCUCUCAGUGGCUUUGGGACCAGAAGUAGUGAUGCUGACCUGUGUCUCGUUAUUCAGGAGGGAUCUGUGGACCAGAAAAAUGAUGCUGUACAUGUGCUUACACUCGUUCAGAAGUUGUGUUAUACAUUAGCAUACAUUGACAGACCUCAGCUCAUUAGAGCAAAAGUACCCAUCCUGAAGUUCAGAGAUAGAGUAAGUGGUGUCGAGUUCGACUUGAACGUCAACAACAUUGUUGGAAUCAGAAAUACUUUUCUACUAAGGACUUAUGCAUACCUUGAGAAGCGUGUUCGUCCGAUCGUCCUCCUCAUCAAGAAGUGGGCAGGCUAUUACGGGAUCAACAAUGCGAGCCGCGGCACUCUGAGCAGCUAUACACUUGUGCUGAUGGUCCUGCACUAUCUCCAAACUCUCCCUGAACCUGUUAUCCCCUGUCUUCAGAGAGAUUACCCCGAGUGCUUUAUGCCCACCAUGGACAUUCACCUGGUACCCAACGGCCCCAGGAGCAUCCCGCCCUACAUCUCCAAGAACCAUAUGUCACUCGGGGAACUCUUCCUGGGCUUCCUCCGGUAUUACGCCACGGAUUUCAAAUGGGAUAAACACGUCAUCUCUGUGCGACAAGCCAAAGCCUACGCCAAGACCAACUGCACUGAGUGGAGGAAGUUCAUCUGUGUGGAGGAGCCAUUUGAUGGGACAAACACAGCCAGGGCGGUGUACGAGAGGGAGAAGUUCGAAGCCAUCAAAUCCCAGUUCUUCGCGUCCUGGCAGGUGCUGAAGCUGAGGAAGGACCUGAACUCCGUGCUGCCUGUGCGGCAGUCCAAGAGAUAAUUGCCAGCCCUUCCUCCUCCCUGCCCUCCCCGACACCCUCUGAACACUCUGCGUCAGGUCACGUCGCUGUGGAAAUAAAUCAGUUUGGGUCUGCCUUGAACGCCACGGCAAGCUGUGGGAAUGAUGAGGGGGAUGUGUUAACUUCACCAACUCUGUGAAAUCACUAGCCACUGGCUGGACAAUGGCUGAUCAUGGUGUCAUUUGGUCCUGCUUGGAUGAUUCGUGAAGACGAUGAUGAUGGGUUUUGUGUUGCACAGUUUCAGACAUAAGGAGGUGUCGGAAUGUACUCAAACUCUUUUGAGUACCCUCAUGAAUAAAGGGGUGGACCACAGUAGUUUUCCCUUGUCCUCGCUGCUUGUCAACAUGAGAAUUCUGGAAUAUUCUUGAGGUUCUGAUGGAGCUCCACCCAGGAUGCCAUCACAGGCCAUCUCUGGUUUUCUGUCGUUUUCCUGAAUUUCUGUGUCCUGUAAAUAGACCUUUUGGGGGGGACCUGGGUGCAUUUUGGUUUCAAGGAGGUGUUGACCGUUCCUAUUUGCGUUUUAUUCCAACUCAAAAUGUUCAAGCUCGCAUAUUCUCACAGGAGGACUGGACUCGACCUCUGUAACAAGUGCAAACAAUGUGGUGUCAGUUGAAUUUUGUUUUUGUACUUUUGUACACCCUUUUUAUGUGUGUAUAUUGAAUUAAUUAAAUUAAAUAAGAAGCAG